AUGUGCGUGAUCCGUCCGCCUAAUGCGGCCGCUUCCCGCACGCGAGACCCCACUAACGAGCAUCAAGUGCGUGACACGCGCGCGUUACGCGGCCCUGUCCCGCACGCGAGAACCAACCAGUCCGCCGGCGUCACGCGACGUUCUAGAAAGCGUGUUGACGCCGCGCAGACCAGGAAUAUCAAUAGACGGCGGGAAGAUCUCACCAACGUUACGAGCGGCCGCUCACUGGUUAGACAGUUGUGCAACCAGCCAGGAGCCGAUCCAGCGUACUCAUCAGCCAAGGUCGCGGCCGCCGGCGCCGGCAGCAGA